GAGGCGACGCGCCAGAUGUGCUGCGCGCGCGGGCGCCUGGCGGUGCUGGAGCGCGGCGGGGCGGGCGUCCAGGUGCACCAGCUGCCGGUGGGGAGCGACGGCACCCAGAAGCCGAAGUUCAUUAAAUUAGAGAAAAAAAUGAAGAUACAUUCCGUGGACCAAGGAGCAGAGCACAUGCUGAUUCUGUCCUCAGAUGGAAAACCAUUUACAUAUAACUAUAGCACAGAACACGAAAGGCCUCAAUGCAUUUUACAAGAAAAAUGUAUAAUUCAGAUCACAUGUGGAGAUUAUCAUUCUCUUGCACUCUCAAAAGGUGGUGAGCUUUUUGCAUGGGGACAGAACUCACAUGGCCAGCUUGGAAUUGGAAGAAUAUUUGACUCAACAUCCACACCACAGAUUGUGAAGCACCUCUCAGGAGUCCCCUUGGCUCAGAUUUCUGCAGGAAAAGCCCACAGCAUGGCUUUAUCCAUAUCUGGAAACAUGUACUCAUGGGGAAGAAAUGAUUUUGGACAACUAGGCCUGGGCCACACCGACAAUGAAGAUUUUCCUUCCCUUAUUGAAGCACUGGACAGUCAGAAAGUUGAAUUUCUUGCGUGUGGUGGUUCUCACACUGCCCUGCUCACAAAGGAUGGGCUCCUGUUUACUUUUGGUGCUGGGAAACAUGGACAGCUUGGUCACAAUUCAACACAGAAUGAGUUAAAACCCUGUUUGGUGACUAAGCUUGUUGGAAAUAGAGUCACCCAGGUAGCAUGUGGAAGGCGGCACACACUUGCCUAUGUCUCCAAUUUGGGGAAAGUCUUUUCUUUUGGUUCUGGAAAAGAAGGACAACUGGGAAAUGGUGGAACACACAAUCAGCUGAUACCACUUCCCAUUAAAUUGUCAUCCAGUGAAGAACUCAAAUUUGAAAGCCACACCUCAAAAAAGGAGUUAAUAAUAAUUGCUGGAGGGAAUCAAAGCAUUUUGCUCUGGAUGAAUAAAGAGAAUCCCUAUGUUAAUCUGAGGAGGAAAAUUCCUACUUUGAAUGAAGGAACUAUAAAGAGGUGGAUGAGGACUAAGCAAUUGCAAAAUACAAAAAGGGAAAUCAAAGACAUAUUUUCAUCUCCUGCUUGUCUGACUGGAAGUUUUGUAAGGGAAAGAAUAACUGCAGAAAUGAAGUCUGUUCAUUUGGACUUAAAUAAAGCAAGAAACACCUUUAAGGAGUUAAUCCAGAAGGAGUGGAUUACUAACAUGAUAACCACAUGUCUCAAGGAUAAUCUGCUCAAAGAUCUUCCAUUUCCUUCUCCCCACCAAGAAGCUUUAGAAGUGUUCUUCCUUCUCCCAGAAUGUCCCAUGAUGCACGAUAUUGGCAACUGGAAGGACCUGGUGGUUCCAUUUGCAGAGGCUAUUUGUAAAAUGAGUGAUAAAUCUUCAGAGGCUCUGGAGGAGUAUUGGGCAUCUCUGCAAGAAUCCGCUUUCACGGAACUGGUCCAGAUGUUUAAAAGAGCCAUCAGUGCUCAGCUGUGUAACUGGAAUAAAAGUGCUGAGGAUAACUGUCACCUUAAAGCCCUCCUAGAAACGUUGAAAAGGCUGCACAGGGUAAACAAUGCUAACUGUCAACUAUCAGAGAAUACUUUCCAUAUAAAUGAACUCUCCAAUUCCUUGGACUUUUUUGAAGAAAGAGCAAUAAUAUUACUUAGAGAUAACAACCUGAUACUUGAAGGAAACUGCAGACCUAUUAUUUUCAGUGAAUAUCCAUUUAUCUUUAAUAUGGUCUCCAAAAUUAAAUUAUGGCAAGCUGAUUCCAUGUUUAAAAUAGAGGAGAUUGAUAGCAUCUGGCAAAUGACAGUAUCAAGAAAUAAUGAAUUCUCUUCAUCGCCUGUUUUUUUACUUCAAGUCAGACGAAGUCACCUGGUUGAAGAUGCUCUGUGUCAAUUAAGCCAAGCUGAAGUCACUGACCUUCGGAAAGCAUUAGUGAUUGAAUUUACUGAAGAAAUUCGUUCUGCGGGUACAGGAGUAAAGUCUGAGUUCUUCCACUGUAUGUUUGAAGAGAUGACCAAAGCAGAAUAUGGAAUGUUCGUGUAUCCUGAAGAGGGCUCCUGCAUGUGGUUUCCUGUCAGCCCUAAAUUUGCGAAGAAGAGUUAUUUUCUCUUUGGGAUAUUGUGUGGACUCUCCCUGUACCAUUUCAAUGUUGCCAAUAUUCCUUUCCCACUGGCUCUGUUUAAGAAACUUCUGGACCAAAAGCCAUCACUGGAAGAUUUAAAAGAACUCAGUCCUGGGCUGGGGAAGAGUUUACAAGAAGUUCUAAAUUAUGAGGCUGAGGACACUGGAGAAGCACUUCACAUAUAUUUUUCUCUAUGUUGGGAUCAAAAUGAUGUUGAUUUAAUUCCAAAUGGGAUCGAUAUACUUGUGGACCAAACCAACAAGAAAGACUAUGUUUCUAAGUGUGUUGAUUACAUUUUCAAUACUUCUGUAAAGACUGUUUAUGAGGAAUUUCAGAGAGGAUUUUAUCAAGUCUGUGACAAGGAGAUACUUAGACUUUUCCAUCCUAAAGAACUAAUGACAGCAAUAGUUGGAAAUACUGAUUAUGACUGGAAACAAUUUGAAAAGAAUUCAGUAUAUGGGCAAGGAUACUAUAAAUCACAUCCUACUAUUCUGAUGUUUUGGGAAGCUUUCCACAAAUUUACUUUGGAUGAAAAGAGGAAAUUCCUCUUUUUUCUUACAGGAAAUGAUAGGCAGACUGCAAGAGGAUUGCAAGAAAUGGGAAUCACAUUUUGCUGUCCUGAAACGUUCAGUGAGAGAGAUUUACCAAGAUCACGCGUAUGUCAUAGUAUUCUGGACCUCCCAAAAUAUUCUACAAUGGAAAGACUGGAGGAAGCACUUCAAGUAGCCAUCAACAACAACAGAGGAUUUGUCUCACCUGCAUACCUACAGUAGUAGUGACCUUUGAGAGUCUCGGCAAAGCCUCAGAUUCUCAGGCUAUCUCACUCUUAGAUUCUGAUGUUCUUCUUAAAGUCUAAUUAAUACAAAGGGUUGAUGGAUUUUAAUGAGAAUUAGUAGCUAAAUGUUGAGAGAAACAAUUAAGUGAUGAAUCAAGAUAUUUUUAAUAAAUCAACAUUCCUGAUCCU